AAAGAGGUCUAACUAUGGAGACAAUAGUUCCUUUUCUUCUCUUUUCUUGCUUUCUUUCUUUGUUUUUAGGAAUCUCAGCUGAGAGAUCUACCUACAUUGUCCAUUUGGAUAAGUCUUUUAUGCCUAAAAUCUUUGCUACUCACCAAAAUUGGCAUUCUUCCAUUAUUGAUACCAUCAAGAUUGAAGCUCCCACUACACAAAAUAGCCACCAUCCAGUUCCAAAGCUUCUUUAUUCUUAUGACAAUGUGCUUCAUGGAUUCAGUGCUGUUUUGUCUAAAGAUGAAUUUGAAGCACUCAAGAAGUCUCCAGGCUUUCUUUCAGCUUAUAAAGAUAGGCCUGUUGAAGCUCACACUACACAUUCCCCUGAGUUUCUUAAGCUUAAUCCUGCUUCUGGGCUAUGGCCGGCGUCUGGUUUUGGUGAAGAUGUGAUUAUCGGAGUACUCGACACUGGUGUCUGGCCAGAAUCUGCUAGUUUCAGAGAUGAUGGACUAUCUGCAAUACCAAAAAAGUGGAAGGGAAUUUGUAAGCCAGGAACAGAUUUCAAUUCUUCUUUAUGCAACAGGAAACUCAUUGGGGCGAAUUAUUUCAAUAAGGGGCUUUUGGCUAGCGAUCCUACUAUUGUUCUUUCCAUGAAUUCUGCAAGGGACAUGAGAGGCCAUGGCACUCAUGUUGCUUCCAUUGCUGCUGGUAGUCCUGUUAAAGGAGUUUCAUAUUUUGGAUAUGCUCCUGGAACAGCAAGAGGUAUUGCGCCACGAGCUAGGAUUGCUGUGUAUAAGUUUAGCUUUGAAGAAGGGACCGUCAUGUCUGAUUUAAUUGCUGCUAUGGACCAAGCUGUUGCAGAUGGCGUUGACAUACUAUCAAUUUCUUAUGGGUAUGGUUUUGAUCCAUUGUAUGAAGAUUCUAUUGCAAUAGCUUCUUUUGGUGCCAUGAUGAAGGGUGUGUUAGUCUCUGCUUCAGCUGGGAAUAAUGGUCCUGAAAUGGGAACUUUAUCCAAUGGAGUCCCCUGGAUCUUUACUGUGGCAUCAGGCAGUACUGACCGAUCAUUUUCCGGGACUAUAACUUUAGGGAAUGGCUUAAAGAUUACUGGAUUUAGCUUGUUUCCAGUGAGAACCAACAUCAAGGAUUUUGAUUUGGUUUACAAUGGAAGCUUAGCCACUUGUGAUUCAUCUGAUGAUUUAGCCCAAGUCCCUAAUAAAGCACGUAGCAUCACGAUGUGUUAUAGCACUGCACAAGAAGACUUAUCAGUCUCUGAUCAAAUGGGGGCUAUCUCAGAGGCAAAAUUUGGAGGCGCACUCUAUGUUUAUGGAGAUCCGGAUGUAUUGACAUCCAAUUAUUUUACGAAUCCUGGAGCUGUAAUUAGCAGCAAGGAUUGGAAAAAGGUGGUAGACUAUGCAAAAACAACUGCUAAACCAAAAGUCAGCAUCAGUUUACAGGAAACACAUUUUGCUGUUAAGCCUGCUCCAGUUGUUUCUGCAUUUUCCUCGAGAGGCCCCUCCCUAAGCUAUCUACGAGUUGCAAAGCCAGAUAUUAUGGCACCAGGGGAGUUGAUUUUAGCAGCCUGGCCAUCGAACACUUCAGCGGCAGUUAUUGGUGUCAAUACAUUUUUGGAUAGUGAUUACAGUCUUCUUUCAGGCACUUCGAUGGCUGCUCCUCACAUUUCCGGAAUUGCUGCAAUGCUAAAAGGAGUACAUCCUGAUUGGAGUCCUUCAGCUAUUCGAUCUGCCAUGAUGACCACUGCAAAUCCUUUGGAUAAUACUGACAAACCCAUCAAGACCAUGGAUUACCUCAGAACCAGUUAUGCUACAUCUUUAUCCAUGGGAGCCGGACUUGUUGAUCCAAACCGUGCAGUUGAUCCAGGCCUGAUAUAUGAUGCAACUCCACAAGACUACGUGAAUCUUCUCUGCUCCAUGAAUUUCACAGCAAAGCAGUUCAAGACAAUUGCUAGAUCAUCAGCUAAGCACAACUGUGCAAAUCCAUCCGAUGAUAUCAAUUACCCAUCAUUUAUUGCUCUCUAUAUCCCAAAUGGAGACUACGCUUGGUUGGAGCAGAAAUUCAAGAGGACAGUCACAAAUGUUGGACCUGGUGCAGCUAAGUACAAAGUAAAAGUGAAAGCACCAAUAAACUCGACAAUUUCUAUCUCUCCACAGACCUUGGUGUUUGAGAAAAAACAUCAGAAGCAGGACUACACUCUCACCAUACGUUACAGAGGCAUUGAAUUUGACCAAGCACAAUCUGGUUCAAUCACUUGGGUGGAAAUGAACGGUCAUCACACCGUAAGAAGUCCUAUAGUAGUAGCUCCAGCUCUUGAUGCCCCAAAUGAAAAUGAUUGAUGCCCCAAACUGAAAUGCUGCAGUUGAUAAUACUGUUGCAUUUGUAAGUUUGUAACUCUCCUCAAGAGGGUUCUGUUAAAGUAGCUGGAAAGUAUUCUGGCAAAGCAUGUGUGUUUGAAGUAAUUGUUGAAUAAUGUUUUAUUUUCUUGUGUUAUCAAUAAACCAAGACUUUGUUGAA